AUGUACACCACAGGCGGGAAAUAUGGAAAUACUGUUGGUAUAGAGCGGAAUAGCGCGGGAAGCCUGGGCCCGCCCUCAUCAAGCGCUGGCCACUUGGAUAUGUCAUUAGAUACGAGCUCCCCAUUGGUCGAGGAUGCAUUGAUGUCGUCCACAGG